GAAUAAAAGCAGAGAAACAAAAGUUCAGUGAACCAGAUUUUCAGCUAGAUAGAAAGGAUCAAAGUCCAGCAGACCUGCACUACCAACCCGCACUGUUAUAAAAAAUUGAAGUUGUCCUCGUUGGUCAUGUGACUGGUGCCUCAUUCUCUGUAUGUGGCAGGUCUCAGGGGGAGGUUGUUGACAUUUUAUGAUGAAAUGUACAAAAAGGCCCUUGAGAUGUGUACAUUACGUACAUGGCAAACAGGAUCUACUCCGAGCUAGAUAGAAUUAGCAGUUUCCAAGGGUUUGCAGAUGGAGAGGAUUCCUUGUGGUCUACGAUCCUGUACCCCCACGUUUGAUUUCCACAUAAUGGGAUGGAUAUAAUACUUGUAUGCUGCAUAGCAGACGCAAAGUGAGGAACAUUGUCCGGUGGAAGGAAAAUAUAAUAAAAUACAUUUUGCAAGGAUUAAUCAGGCACAAUGUUCCGAAGACGUAGGAAGAAAGAUGUGCAGAAGUCCCAUCACCAAACCGAUAUCGAUCCGAGGUCGAAUUUCAAGCGAACAAUGUCCAUAGAAUCAUUGGAUUCUGCCAUGAGCGACGGGUCGUCGUUCGGUGUCGUCAACAAGCUGUCAGACACAAGGGACUUCAAACUAGCCAACAUCUUCUGGCGUGCCAAACUCUCCUGCCAUCCAUUCUUCGUCGGUGACCCCCUGGUGACCUUUGGUGACCUGUGGCCGGAGGACGUGAAGGGCUUGAUCUCCUGCUUCAAAGGAGCCGAGUUGCAGGAUUCGGUGGUGGCGUGCUGUAAACUGGUGCUCAGAUGUGGACCAAUAAGAGUCUUGAGAGAACUCCUUGAUCAAAGGAUCAUAAAUAUAGAUCAGCGACUAGAAGGAGGAAUGAAUCUACUUCACUACGCUGUUCUAUCAUGUAAUGAUGAGGCUGUAUCGUUCCUGUGCAGUAAAGGUGCCCCUAUCAAGCAGCAGGAUAAAUUGGGUCGAACCGCAGACCAGGUGUGUUUCUGUUCCAGGACCAGGCGAUGCUUGCCCACCCGUUACCAUGGCAGCUCGUUCCGCAAGAGGCUAGGUUCCUUCCAUGAUAAGAAGGUCAUCUUUGAGAACGUCCAGUACGCUGACCGGUUCAAUGACCUUCAGAUUCAGAUCCAGACCAUGGAUUUUGAUGUCAAUCAUGACAAAGAUCAGAGAGGGAAUCUUCUGUUACAUGCCGCGGUCAAAGGAGGGCUCCCUCAGCUGUCGUUGAUUUUGAAUCUAGUUCAGGUUCAUGGUGCUAACGUCGAAGCAACGAACCGGAAGGGAAUGACCCCUCUCUGUCUUGCGGCUCAGAUUGGACUUGAGGUCAUAGUCGAGAUCUUGAUUUGUGUAAUUGGUGCUAACCCGGAUACAAGAAAUAAUGUGAACGGAUGGACCGCAUUGCACUAUGCAGCCCAGAAGAAUCAUGUGAACGUCAUUGACUGUCUCGUAAAGAGAGGUGCCGACAUCAAUAUAGAAGAUAAAUUCAGCAUGCGAGCAGAUGACAUUGCUAGCCGUUGUGAUCAUUUUGAGUGUCGUGACCUCAUCCGUAGCCUUCGACAUCAACGAUGCAUCAUGCUGAGCCAGUAUGUGAGGAAGGGAAACUUGUCACCAAACGAUGCCAGAGUGAAAUUCACGGAUCAUUUCAACAUUGACAACGAUGGAUUAACCCUUAUCAUGGCCGCUGCUAAAGCAAACAGAUGUGACAAUCUGAGCAUCCUGUUGAAGGAAAAGAAUUGCCCGGUCGAUGCCCAGCAUCAUUUGAAUGGACGAACAGCUCUCACGAUGGCUGCUAUCGACGGAAACGCAAAUGUUAUCCAGACCUUACUGAAUCAUAAUGCACUGACCACGAUUCCUGACGUAGAGGGCAGGCUUGCACUUCAUUACGCAUCUAUCCACGGCCAUAUAGACUGUGUACAGGUCAUUGUUGAAUCUACUCAGGGCCUACAUGGUUUAUACAAAGCCUUCCAUCUUGCCAAAGAUCCAUCUAUCAAGGACCUCCUCCGUGGUGCCCUGGAGAGACGUCAGCGUGAGAUCACCAAUCCUACCCUCUUUGAGUGUGCUAUGAACGGCGAUGCUUCCAAAAUCUAUUGUUUACUAGAAGAAGGAGAUGAUGUCAAUCCGUUGACUGGGUCGGGCGACUGGCCGGUCUACAUGGCAGUGGGCAAUGGACAUUUUGAAGUCGUUAAGCUUCUUCAACAGUUUGGUGGUGAUAUAUGGAGCCUUCAUUCUACCACAAGAUCCAGUGUUCUCCACGUAGCCUGCUCCAGAGGGCUCCAGGAGAUCGUCCGGUACCUCCUCUACUAUUGCCAUCCUAACGAUACAAACCACACCAUUGAUAUCAACGCUGUCAACAAGGUCGGAGUUUCCGCUCUUCAACUUGCCGCCUCUAAAGGUCAUAGCGUCAUAGUGAAGAUGCUGUUGGAGCACGGGGCCAGCGCGGCCAUCAUAGAUGACCAGGGAAGACUGUACAAGUGUGUGGAGUAUGAGGGUGUCCAGGCACUCAUUGAGAAACACAGGAAGAACAGGACAGAGAGGACCAUGCUAGGCAUCAAGGAUAAGAAGAGAUUUAAACACCUCAAGAAGAUGUGGCAGCCCAAGUUUGACCACAAUCUACGCAAUAAAGCCGGAGACACACCCCUGAUGGCAGCCUGUCUCUAUGGUCGACUGGAGGUGGUCAAGUUCUUCUUGGAAACGGCCGUCCAGAACAUGGAGGAAGAGGAAGGGGACUUUGAAAGGUCAAUGAGAUGGAGACGUGAAUCUGACAAUGAUUCAGGGACCUUCUUGGAAUCUUGCUCACCGGGUACCUCAAGGAAAAAUAGAGCAUCACUAGACUACAUGGAAUGUUCAACGGAUUUUAGCGACUAUGAGGAUACGUCCGCCUUCCAUCCUUCUCGCUUUGAUCUGUAUCCCAAUAUACCAUCACAGGACAUGUCCAGUGAUUCUGACUCGAACGUGACCGUUGAGAGUCUGCGGAAGAGAAGGAGGACUGGAGGAAAGGCUGGUAGCAGACAGUGUUUAUCAGACACGGAGACCCUGGAUACACUCUCACGGCUUCCAGUAGGAUUAGCUUAUGAAAGACUGCACUCAAUUUCAGAAGAGAGAGGUUCAAGGUAUGCUCCCAGUCUUGCAUCCAUUAGGUCUACAUCAAUGGCAAGUCUUACUGAUACAGAGUGUCUUUCUCGACCCCCUGAUAUGGUCUCGAUACGAUCCUUCAACGCAACCAGUAGCAUGUAUGGGGGAUCAAAAGGGCUUCAUUCCAGGACUCCGUCCAUGAGUGAAAUGUAUCUCAACCUCGGUCAACCAACCAGACCAAAUAUAUACCAAGGAUCAUCAAUCAAUCACCUCUGUGCCUCUAACACUCUGGAUGGGUGUACAUCAUUACAUAGAGCCGUACAGUGCUCUGAUCAAAAGAUUGGUCUUGCUGUCCUCACCCUUCUGGUGGACAAGGACGCAACCAUCGUCAAUGUCCAGAAUCAUGACGGUCUGACCGCCCUUCACCUGGCCUGCAAGUUGGACAGGAGACAGAUGGUCAAGAAACUUUUGAGUGUUGACUAUAUAGACCUCAACAUCCGUACCUUGGAUGGCAAGCUUCCAGAGGAGAUGACUAGAUCGGAAAGGUCAAAGGUCGCUAAGAUGGUGAAAAAUUCAAGAACAAAUAUUGAGGAAAACAAGUGGCAGAUGGUCUACAACGAACCCACUCCACCGGCGAGUUCCUACGGAGGACCACCAUCGGUAGACUUUGAUAAGCUUCAGGAAAGAUUUGAUCAAAUGAAGGAAAGAGAUCUACAUUGAAUAGACUUUGGAUGGAUUAUCAAAGAAGGAUAUGGAACAGACAAUGCCGUCCAUACAGAGUGCAAAACUUCAAGAAUUGAAGAAAGAUGUGGUAAAAUGAGAGGUAGAUAUUGUCAUUAGUCGACUAAUGGAGCGUUGCAAGAAACUUUUGGGUCCCUGAAUCAAUCACAAGUCUGGCAAUUAAUUGCAAAUUUGCAAUUGAUUUGCUGGGCCCCGUAACACAAAGGUUAGUGAUUAGUUCCUAAAUGAAAUGGCCUAUCAAGAUCAUCGUUUCAUGCGCACUUUGUUCAGUAGAGUGACAAGGAACCAAUCAGAUUUGUUCUUUCAAAUUAGCGAUUAAGCGCUAACCUUUGUGUUACGGGGCUCCCGUCUACUUUUAGUCACAAGAAAAACAAAUCAAUUUGUUAUAGUUACAAUCGAUGUGUCAUUUGUAAGUUAGCAUCAUAAAUUUGCAAUUGAUUGCAAAUAUUCUUGUGAAACACCCCCUAAGUUGUAAGAGAUAUGUCGUCAUCGGGGUGGGGUUUCAUGAAGCUGUUCAUAAUAUACGAACGAUGACUCUACGAAUGAAUGAAUGACUUUACGAACGACUGGUGAUGCUUUCUUGUGCUGUUAUAUGCCAUUAUAUGCCAUUGUAGCUACCUUAGCACCUAUGAACAUUUUCCAGUUGGGCGUAAAGUCUUUCGUAACUAUACGACGACUUUGUGAAACACCCACCUGGUUCUGGUAGAAUGAGAGUGAUAUAAACAAGACGAAAUGAACUACUGUGAGAUAUACACAAGUAUGGCACUGCAAACUUCUAAUCCAUUCCAUUUUAAUCAAUUUAUUUAUGAUACAUUUGUCUCUGCUGUUUAUACCUUAUUUGCACCAUUGGGAGAAAAUAAUCCGAGUCUAUGAAUCUCAGGACCCUUCCAAAGAAUGGAAGAAGAAACUCUGCUAUGUAACGUAGUUUAAACCUUUAUUACUAUUAACCUAAGUCUCACUACUCAAUAGAGAAUAUUGUGUAUAGGGAUUUUCAUUUUCACUUGUAUAAUAAUAGAUAAUAUACAUGUAUGUUUUUCUCAUGACAACAUUUGCCAUUUCAUGUAUUUUUGAGAGGCUUAAAUGAAUAUUCAAGUGCAAUAAUCUGUUACUCUCAUGUGAUUCAGAUAAAUAUAACUGUUCUGAACAGUCUGUUCAUUUUUAUUUUUGAAAAAAAAUGUAGAAAUUUCUUUAGGUUACAAGUUUAGAUUUCUAUUUUAUUUGAGCUGCAAUCAAUGUUGAAUUAAGGACUUGAAUAGCAGUUUCAGAAACUCAUGCUUGUAGUUGUAAUGGUUUUAAUUUUAGUGUUCAGUUAUUUUAUAUUAAUCUUGUUCAUCUAUGGGCAUAUUUGAUGUCAUCAGAUUUAAUGGUGAUUUGGUUAUAAUUUACAUUUUCCCCUCCCUCCUUUUAAACUAUAUUACAAAUAGAACCAGCAAAAUGUUUGAAGGGCAGAAACAAACACAAAGUUGUGAUUUUUCUUUCCAUGAAAAGGGAAUAAAGAUAUUCCUGUGUUUUUUAUUCAAGUUUUAAAUUUUGCAUUCUUGCUAUUUUAGUCCGUCUUCAUAUAUUCAGCCUCCUAAGAACCGGUGCCCAUCUAUGUAAGUCAUAUCAAAUGGUCAGAUAUGAGAGUAAUGUCAUUAGACACCAUUUAAAUGGAAAUCUGUAUUAGAGGGGGGGGGGGGGGGUCCCUUGUUUUGGGAAUAUUAAUUUUUGGGGAGAUUAUGGAUGAUAAUGUCAUUUUACCUGUAUGAGAAAUUGAAUGAAAUACCUUUUUUCUAGCAUAAGUUAAGCCUUUGCUGCAUCAUUGAUAAACUAUCUUUUGGAAAAUAUGUCUUUUCAAUGUACAUGUAAUUGUCACACACUGUUUAAUACCUUAUUCAAGGACAUUUUUUAGAAAGUAUUUUUAGAGAGAGAAAGAUUUCUUUUAUUAUUAUUCACAUGUAGCAGGCAUACAUCCGUAAAGCCCAUGCAAAGAAAGUAUUAGCUAAUCAUAUAAAUGCACCUAGCACAUUGAAAUUAUUGCAAUAUUAACUUUUCUUUUGUUUAGAGGAGCCAAACUUCAGUAUUAUUAUUUUGAUGCACAUGUAAAUAAUGCAAGUAAUCCCAAUAGUGUACUGGUUUUUGUCUCACCUGCAUAGCAGAGUGAGACUAUAGGCGCCGCUUUUCCGACGGCGACGGCGGCGGCGGCGGCGGCGACGGCGGCGUCAACACCAAAUCUUAACCUGAGGUUAAGUUUUUGAAAUGACAGCAUAACUUAGAAAGUAUAUGGACCUAGUUCAUGAAACUUGGCCAUAAGGUUAAUCAAGUAUUACUGAACAUCCUGCCUGAGUUUCAUGUCACAUGACCAAGGUCAAAGGUCAUUUAGGGUCAAUGAACUUAGACCAUGUUGGGGGAAUCAACAUCAAAAUCUUAACCUAAGGUUAAGUUUUUGAAAUGUCAUCAUAACUUAAAAAAUAUAUGGACCUAGUUCAUGAAACUUAUACAUAAGGUUAAUCAAGUAUCACUGAACAUCCUGCAUGAGUUUCACGUCACAUGACCAAGGUCAAAGGUCAUUUAGGGUCAAUGAACUUUGGCCGAAUUGGGGGUAUCUGUUGAAUUACCAUCAUAACUUUGAAAGUUUAUGGAUCUGAUUCAUGAAACUUGGACAUAAUAGUAAUCAAGUAUUACUGAACAUCCUGUGCAAGUUUCAGGUCACAUGAUCAAGGUCAAAGGUCAUUUAGGCUCAAUGAACUUUGGCCAAUUUGGGGUAUUUGUUGAAUUACAGCCAUAAAUUUGAAAGUGUGUUGGUCUAGUUCAUAAAACUUAAACAUAAUAGUAAUCAAGUAUCACUGAACAUCCUGUGCGAGUUUCAGGUCACAUGAUCAAGGUCAAAGGUCAUGUAAGGUCAAAGAACUUUGGCCACGUUGGGGGUAUUUGUUGAAUUGCCAUCAUAUCUCUAUAAGUGUAUUGGUCUAGUUCAUAAAACGUGGAAAUAAGAGUAACCAAGUAUCACUGAACAUCUUGUGCGAGUUAUAGUAGUUUUCAAAAUCAGCACUGCUGCUAUAUUGAAUCGCGUGAUGCAGGUGAGACGGCCAGAGGCAUUCCACUUGUUUUUUUUAUCCCUAGAUAAUUUUAAUUUUUAAUAUUUUUUUUGAGAAAUGGUAUUAACCCUCAAAAGAUUGGGCUACUUUGACGCCUAAAUAAUUAAAACAUUUCUCUGAUCUGAAGAGAAAUAUGAAAAAAAUGGAAAAGAAAUAAUUAUCCCUUUACAAAACAACAUGUUGUAUACACAAGGCAAUGCCCAAACAAAGGCUUAUUUUGGUGACGAGUGUGUCACCAAAAUAUGCUAUAGAUAAAUACAUAAUCAGAUACCCAAUCAUUAGAGAUAAGGGUCUAAAAAUAUGCAUUGAAUAUAGAAUAAAAAGUCCUGAAGUCCCAGUGGUAAAAAAACAAAUAGAUGGGUUAUGAAAAAUGUUGUGAGGCUGAAUAUUAGCCACCCCCCUCCCCUGGAGAAUUAAUAUUUCACAAAAAUCUGGGGCUACUUUUUUAGCUCACCUACCAACAUUUGCUACAUUUGAUUUAAAUUUACUUUGGACCUUAUGGAAAUGGAUUGGGUUUUUUUUGUCAGGGCUCUUUUGGUCUUUUUUUUUUUGGGGGGGGUCACCUUGCCCCCCCCCCCAUGUAAUUUCCUAGCCCACACCUUCCUGUCUUUUAAGGGUUAAUCAACAUUAUUAUUUAUAGUAUAAUAAUAACUGGAUUUAUGUAAUGCAUUUUCCAGAGGAUACAAAGUGCUGUUUAAGGGUUAAUUAAAUGUUGUAUAAAUAGACAGAUUAACAUAGUCAACUGUUUAAUGUUUGGAAGUAAAGUUUUUUGGGGGUGACUUUGAUCUUUGAGUUGUUGUAAAGUAAUUGAAAAUAAUAGUUUGAUAAUCUUCCAAUGUUACACUACCACCCAUAAUAUAUUCUACAUGUAAAUUUAUUAACCAUACCCUCUUAAAGGAAUGACCAUCGAUAGGAUCAGGACCUGUUUCAUCAAUUUUUUUUUAAUCAUAACAAAUUUGCAAUAACAGUUAAAAGCUACUUAAAUAGUUCAAUCUGAUUGGCUGAUUGUAAAUAUAGCAUUGUGCUUGAAAUGGGACCC